AUGUUCCUUGACUGUUCUCUUUUUCCUUUUCCUCUGUGGAAAUUUUUGGAAAAUUCAUCUCCUAAAACAAAUGCAGAAAACAACAAUGUGGAAACUUUAUCUGGUGAAAAACUGCAAGAAUAUGAGAAAAGUGAGUCAGAAUCCAUUUUGGAGGAACUGUUAGCAUCUCAUGGGGAGAUUCAAGAUACAAACCAGUAUGUGAAGAGUGAGAUUGAAGCACUCGACCGAGAACAAAAGCAAAUUGAUGAAAGAGCUGCAAAUCUGGAAGAACAACUGCGUGCAGUCAUGAAGAAAGGGAAUAAUAAAGUCAAAGAAGAAAAAUUACUACAAGAAUGGUUCCUGUUGGUUAACAAACGAAAUGCUGUGAUACGACGACAAAUGCAACUCAACAUUUUGGAGAAAGAAGAUGAUUUGGAGAGGAAAUUUGAAUUGUUAACACGAGAGCUUCGCACCAUGUUUGACAUUGAUGGUGAGUUGUAA